AUCCGACGGACAUUUAUUAGAUCGGAGGCGAAACUUUUUUACUUUCCCCCCUUCUCUUGAUUUUUCUUCAGCAGCCAGAGCAAUAUUCAAUCACGAAGUUCAUUGCACCUUCUUCUAUCUCCCAAGUAGUCCAACUCUGCACCAUCGACAUGGUAUUUUACUCGACGUCGACGCCACACGACGAGGUCACAGUAUCGGAAAGUCCAUACUAUUAUAAUUAUCAAGAUACAAUGCCAUCCCUUCAUCGUCCCGUUCAGACUGUUCCUCCUGGGUCGUUGACAUCGACCGUCCCCCAGGCCAGGAGGUUCGCCUCCCCGAGCUGGAUGCGUGCUGGACCCUCACCGAAUGUCGGUACUACAUCCAACACCUCUGGCUUCCCCGCCGAUACAACGAACUACUCAAACAUGUCCAUGUACCCUGACAACUUGAAUGGCUACAUGAAUUUGAACGUUCCAUCCAACGGAUAUUCUCCCCACCGCAGGGAGGCAGCUACUGCCACCCUACGGCAACACCCAACGCCAUCUUUUUCCACAAACGAAAAAUACGCUCAAGCUAACGCUGCCGUGAUGGACAAUCCAGCACGACCACAAAACAAUUUUACACCUGCUAAUCCCAUACCUUACAACAAUGGGCCAUGGCCACAAAAUGCCUCAAGCCAUACGCAUCCGGCGGCGACCAGUGAGCUUCAAUCUAGCUCGGAUUAUGGCGACCAUUUCUACAAACCCGCAAGUUUCCAUGGUUCCCAAUCCCCCAACACCGCGCAAGAAUUUUGGCGUGCUGACACUCCGGUGGCAAGGAGGAACCUCCCGUCAUCCCGUUCACUGCCAAUGCAGUAUCCACAUGACUACGCUCCCUAUCCACCUCAAUUCUCGUCCGGCACAGAUGGACCCUCCAGCUCCUACCAUGAGCCAUCCUCCCGCCGCGAAGUGUCCUCAUACCAUGAACCAUUAUCCUACUCUGGAUCAUUUUCCCAUAAUUCGGAGGCGUAUCAUGGCUCGUGGCCACAAUGGCAUGGCUCCGCCAUUGGUGAUCCGCAACCACCCGGUCCUAGUGUUCCAGAAUACCCAGUCCCAUCAAUGACACCUCUACCCCCGGCUACAGCAUUCUCACAGCCCUAUAUAAAUCACAGAGGUGACAUGGGUUAUCAUUCAUAUCAGCCACCAUCCACCCAGCCACGUCAAGAUCCCCCCCGCCAUAAUUCACGUUCUCGCCAGAGUUCCCAGUCCCAGCGUCAUGGUCAUCAUGGAUCUCAUACCCAUAAACCCCGUUACUCGCCAUCCACUGAAUUCUCCUGCGCUUGGAUUGUCGGAGACAAUACCACCUGCAAUUUUCAAGGUCCUUUGACUGAAUUCAAGGCGCAUUUCAGGCGCUAUCAUUUGACAGGGUCGCAGGAUUCACCAACUGAAUGUCAUUGGCAAGGUUGCACGUAUCACGGACGUGGCAAUCCAAACAUGGCACACAUGCGGCGCGAUAGUACAUGGCGUCACGUUUGGGAGACCCAUCUGGGAAUGAAGAGGGGUAACUGAAGAGGAGUAUCUGAUAUUUUUAUGUUUGUAUUUUCCAACCUUCUUUAUCGUUCUCUUGGUGCAGGGCGCCUAGGCAGAGCUCAUGUAACAUGAAGGCUCAUCCGUUGUUGUACUUGCUCCCAUCUCUAUCAUUCAUACCUACCCGCAGUUUCAUGUUUCGUGCUACUUCGCCGUAGCGUACUUAGUUAUAUCUGUGUUUUUGUUCCAGUAUGCCGUCAGGAACCUUCCUUGUUUCCGAAUGUUGACCAGCCAACUCUUUG